UCUUUUUUUUCUAGUUUUGAUUCCCUCUUGGUUAUGCGACGGUCCAAGUUCUGUGUGUAUUUCUGGUGCUUAGCCCCUGGGUUUCACUGUCGAUGUGUCAUGUUGUGUGGUCAACUCGACUAUUGUUAUUUGGAACGUUUCUUCAGGCUGCAGCCACACAAUGGUUGGAGGACAUCUUUCGGGUCGAGCAGCAAGUCCUGAGCAAAAGUGAUCAGGUCCAAUCAAAAUAUUUCAAUGCUGUAUUAUUGGCAAUUUCGGGCGCCGUCCCUUGGUAGAAGUUCCACAUCAUAAGCGCCAGUGUUCUUGACGAGCGGCUCGCCAACGCCAGGAUAAGCCAUU